CCAACUGGAGCUAUACUGUACUGUCGAUAGUGGAACUCUCGGCGGGCUGGGGGCCGGUGGCUUAAGCUUAACCAGUUGUUGUGGUGCGUCCGUAGUAGUGGGACGUCUAUUGUGUAUUAAGAUUUUUACUACAUUUUACAAAGAUUCUGAGAUGACCCGGAUAAAGAGGCUACUGGUGGUGACGAUGAUGAUGUGGGCGACGACUUGGUCAAAUGUGGACGCCCAGUCUGACGGCUUCUUCUGGUGGCUACAGAAAGUGACGACAACACCCAUGCCCAACACUAACCCAUCCACUACCACGCAGGGGCCAGUCUACUGUGAAUGUGUUAAAUACUACUUGUGUAUUGACAAUGUCAUUAGCACAUCUGGGGUAGACGUCAUUGAUAUCCGUAUGGCACGCGUCGGGCCCCCAUCCGUCACCAACGUCAAGGAGUGUCCCGAUGUUUUAGAUGUGUGCUGCGGUCUACCACCUUCUGAAACUACAACACCGCCCAUCACGCCCACGCCCACAUUACCCCCAGAUACACCGUGUGAGUGUGUAUCCUUCUUUAACUGCACUAGGGACAGACUGGUAAGUAACGGAGGAGGCAACACAACACUGGAGCUCUUUGGCCUCGGUUAUUCCCACUCUAAGUGCAAUCAAGCCCUCGCUGUGUGUUGCGCCCUUGACCCAGCAACACCUUCACCCGCAAACAUCACUACGGUAGUCACGCCGCUGACCGAGGAGGAGUGUGAGUGUGUGGAUCCAUUUCAGUGUGAUGAGCACGGUUACAUCAUCACCUCCGGUGUCGGCAUAAUUAACAUACGAACAAGGACUCACUCAAGGAACGACAGCUAUCCAGAUGAACGAUGUGAAGAUCCCUCCCUCGUCUGCUGCCGUCCACCCAGAGACUUGAAUUCUACCACUACACCACUACCCACCACAACCACCCCUCCACCUACCACCACCCAGCAGCCCGCCCAUGGCUGUGGCACUAGGCAUUCAGACGGAGUGAGAGCACGCAUCUUGGGAUUCCAAGAAGGAGAGAGUCAGUUUGGGGAGUUCCCGUGGGUGGCAGCUGUCUUGAGAGUGGAGAGCCUUUCCGGUCUGAAGCUCAGGAGGUUCGUGGGUGGCGGCACUCUGAUUCAUCCACGUGUGGUGGUCACCGCCGCUCACAAGGUGAAGGGGUAUAACAAGAGCGAUAUGGUGGUGCGUUUGGGUGAGUGGGACACACAGUCAGAACAGGAACCUUACCGUCACCAGGACGUGGCCGUGGACGACAUAGUGCUUCACCCGGGCUUCGUCCUCCAAACUCUCUACCACGACGUCGCUCUUCUCAUCCUCAAGGAGGAAUCCAAAUUUGCAUCACAUAUCGACUCUAUCUGCCUAGCACAGGACCUGAGCCUAGUCGACCCCAGUGCCUGUGUCAUCAACGGUUGGGGACUCAGUGGCUUUGAAAAUGGGGAGUACCAGAGGAUCAUGAAGAGUUUGACCCUCCCAUUAGUACAAUAUAAAGACUGUGUCAACAGCCUGCGAACCACGAGGCUUGGACGUUAUUUCCGCUUACAUCCAUCAUUCACCUGUGCCGGAGGAGAGAAGGGCAAAGAUGCUUGCAGAGGAGAUGGUGGUGGACCUUUGGCGUGCCCAAGAAAAGAAGACCCAAAACGGUAUUUGCUUGUGGGUAUCACUGCCUGGGGUAUUGGAUGUGGUCAGGAUGGAAUUCCAGGUGUAUAUGUUAAUAUUCCUGUACACUAUGACUGGAUAACAGAACGCAUUGAUUUCUAUUUCCCGACUACAACUACCUCAACUACUACACCAAUCCCUUCUACAGCUCCACAGUAUUUUGAAGAUUUAAAGAAUGCAGCUGCUAAUGACAGUGAAGGGUCAGAAGUUGAAGGUAGGUCAGAUACAGAGGCAAUAACAAGAGAAGAAAACAAUCAGGGAAGACAACAUGGUGCAAAGGAACAACGACUCGAAAAAAGGAAACAACAACGUGAAGAAAGGGAGCGUCGACGUCAAGAAAAGGAAGAAAGUCGAGAAGAAAGAAGAAGGCUUCGAGAAGAGAGGCAAAGAGAGAGACUGGAAGCAAAGGAGAUUAGGAGAAGGAACAGGGGAUUUUGAAACAAUAAUUUAGGGUUUCAGAAAGAGGCACAGUAGAACCUCUCCAGUGAAUUUUGUACACUGGAGAUUGACUUAUAGUAUGGGUGCAAUAGACUUUGGGACCAUGAACUCAAAAUAUCAGUUAUGUAUAAUUACCCAGUUUGGACAUAAAGGUCAUUAAAAAAUAAAUAAAUCACAUACAUAAAACAUGGUUCCAAUGCCCACAAGUAUACAGAAUAGUACUGUACAGUACUGUAUAUUAUUAAUAGGUUAGAGUACAGACUAUAGUACAAUAUAAUUGUAUAAUGUCCUCAUUAUCCAAAAAGCUGGACUAUUACAAAUAUCCAUAGGAGAUAAUUUUCAAUGAAAUCAUAAUUUUUUUUUUCCGUUCUCAGUGUACAGUAUUUACAUUUGUUGAGAAUGUGGCAGCCAUAUAUAAAAGCUGGCAAUAGUUUGAACUUUUUAUAAUUUUUUUUCACCAAGUUGUGCAAUGUCUGUUUCUGUAUCAAGUAAGAAAGUAGUUCAAGUUUAGUCUCCUCAAAAAUCUGGGAACUACCGUAUGUGGUGGUGCAUCCCCAAUUGUUUCACUGGUCAGUUGUUUAAUAGCAGCUGCAUAGAGCAGCUGCUGCCUCACAUCAAUAAUUUUGGUGCUACAGAUUUUUCAGAGGUACAGUAUUUUAAAUACAGGUAGUUGUUUAUACAAGACAAAAACCUGAUAUCUAAAUUUUCUCAUUUACAAAAGUUUUGUCCAUGUAUAGUAUCAUCUUCAUAAAAUCAGUUUCAUGUCUGUACCUUUCCAACUUAAAGGAUACUUUAUGAAAACAUUUUCUAACACAGGGUAUUAUAUAUAUUGGUUUGUCUGCUGAAAAAAAUGCAUAUUUACUGUUAUGUUAUGUAAAUAAAGUCAAGAAACACA